CCAGACAUGAAAUGCUUGUGGCAGAUUUUUGUCAUGUGGGUCUUCUGGAUGAUUGUCUUAUGGCUGAUGGCUCCCUAUCUGGUUCUAAAAUCUGAAAUGGCAUCCCAGGGCGGGGAAAUGAUGUUCUUGGGACAAAGGCACUGCAGUUGUCCUUGGGUCAACUUGAGGAAAUGUGCCUGUGCAGCUGGGACUCCUAGCCAUUCUCUCAGCUGCCACACAGUGGGAGAAUGAAACUGGUUUGAUGCAGCUUAUAAGAAGAUGGGGGGGGGGUAUCUGAUGGGGGCAAAAGAGUCCAUGACUACAGACACUAUGUUGUGGUGGCUGGGCAUGAACUCAGCAACUGAGUUAGGCAGAGUGUGGAAGAAGCUGUUUAAGGAGUUGCCCACAUCCUUGGUGAGCAGCUUUGAUCUCUACUGCGAGACUUGUGCUUUGGUGGAGAACUCAAAGAUCCUGUGGGUCUCUGGCCUCAGCAGCAAUGUGAACCAGCAAACAACACUUCCUGCUCUCUUUCCCAGGAGGAACCAGGCCCCUGUUCAGAGCUUUGAGACUUUCAGGAACCAAACCACCGGAUGUUCCAUUUCCUAGAAUAGUGCUGGGGUCCAGGGUUCCUGGAGACGGUUGAUGCUCUAUCUGCUGCAGAUUUCGCAUCUAGUGUGGACUUCAGAUGCUCUAAAUGAGGAGGUGUGA